CUGACGUUUUGUAGCGGUACGAAUCGAUUUGAUUUACACAAAUACAAAAUUUGUUAUUCCUUACAAGCUUUGUUGCUACUUUUUGAUUGCUUAGUUUUAAUAAGCCGGGACCAUUGUGAUUAUUAAUCUGUUGACCGCAAAUAAUUCCUCAAUAUCGUUAUAUUUAAUAAUUAAGUGUCAGUUACACUCAUCCUUUAAAAAAUCAAUAAAGCCAUCAUUCUGUUCUACUGGUUUUGUGCAGUAAAUUAAUAAUUUAUUGCAUAUUUGAAUAAAUCUUAAAUUAAAUGCUUCUUGCCGACAUAAAAGAGAAAAUUGUUAUGAUUUUUUAGCAUCGAUUUUCACUAAGGAAAUUCCAAUCAACUGAAGCAAAAUGAGCGAUUUAACAGCAGAGGUAAAGAAUAAGGCGCACUUGCCAGUUUCAAGAAUAAAUACGAUAAUGAAAAGCUCAUCUGAUGUAGACACAGUAAAUAAAGCAUCAUCUUUACUGAUGUGCAAGGCUACGGAAUUAUUUAUUAGAAUACUAGCUUUAGAAGCGUACAAGAAUGCUAAUCAUGCUAAAAAACUUGACUACAAACAUCUUGCAGAAGUUGUACACAAUGAAGAAAAGUACAAUUUUCUUAGAGAUAUUAUGCCAAAAAAAAUUACCGUGGCUGAAUAUAAGAAGAUUAUGGCAAGGAAGCAAGGCUUAGAAAAUGACGAAAAGAAGGAUGAUGAAUCAUCUUCAAGUUCUUCCGACGAUGAAGAUGAUUCCAGUUCUGGAAGUGAAGAUAGUAGUGCAAGUGCUUAA